ACUUACUUUCGUUUUUUUGUCGAUGUUUUCAAGACAAGUGUACUAUCCAUUUUCCGGUGGACAGGGCGAUUCUGUGAAGUUUUACCUGUUAACGAGGGUGUGCAAGAGCGAUGCUAGGAGCGGGAUCGCGCGGAGACAGGCAUGACUAUGAUCGCGACCGGGAGCGAUAUCAUGAGAGCAGACGUGACGAGGACUCUGGCCGAGAACGGACUGGCGACGAUAGGCGGGAUCAGCCUGUGGAAUCUCGACAAGAUCGAAGUUAUACGGAACCACCGAGACGUUAUGCACCGGAGCAGCUAGCGAGGGAACAAGAGGAACAUUUGGCUCGAGUACGGCGAGAGGAGCGACGGCGCAUGAAGAAAGAAGAAGAAAAGCGGAAGGAGGCUGAGUUUCGCGAAGGGCUAAGGAAGGAAUUGAGAAUGGAAGUUCGCAUGCAUGUUGGAGGGGCAUCCGAGGAGCUACACCAGCGAUUAUUCGGAAGCUUGUCGAAGAGUAAGGGGAAAAACAAGCUACCAGUAUACAGUGGAUCAGACGACGACGAAGAAAGCGAUGAUGACAGCGAUUUUGAGGCCUUGAGCAAAAAAACAGGAAGCCUAGAGAUCAACGAUAAACGCAAGCACAGUGUCGAACGCGUCAUCAGCGAUAGCCCUCCGAUGGUGACCCUUGCUAAGCGACCGACAAAACGUGGCACGCUGUUGCCGAUGCGUCUUGCGCUCAGCUGUCGGCAUCCGCCUAUGAAGCGAUCGCCGGACAAGAAGACUCUGGGAGGAACCAUCGCUAAGAUUAAGAAGAUACCCGCCACGAUGGGUAAUCCAGGGAAACUACGCUAUGUUAAAGAGAACCUUCGGGUGUUGGGUGGAAUGAAUGUUGAUGAGCUGAAACAGAUAUGUCGAGAUAAGGAUGUGCGCUUCGAAGGCAACAAGAAGAAGAUGGAUACUAUCCUAGCUAUUACCGAGAAACGCACACACGAGGCAUAUGGCACUAACAAGGAGGAGGAAGAGACUACCGAAGGCACCACGACUGGGAUCUAAGAUGAUCCUACCGAUAAAGAGUCGCAUCAGCC